AUGGAUAGCGGAAAGAGUGAUAUAAAUAAGCAUGCAUACAAGGAGACAGCGACCCCGCUGCCCGUAGAUCCGCCCUCUUACGAAGAAACAAUGAAGCAAGAUAAGGAGGAGGUCGAAGCCGAUGAAACGACAUCUUCCGCACACAGAGACAGCUUUAUGAGGCCUGUUUACACUCACCAUCCGCAUCCAAGAUCCCACAAGGGAUAUCCGGGUGCGAAGACCCUUACAUAUACUUCACGGUAG